AUGGGUCCCCGUACACCUCCCCAACCCUUGUCGCAACCAAAGCACUUGGCCACCACCACCCUGAAAGUAGAGGGCAUGACAUGUGGUGCCUGCACCUCAGCUGUAGAAUCUGGCUUCAAGGAUGUUAGUGGUGUUGGCAGCGUCUCGGUCAGUUUGGUCAUGGAACGUGCUGUUGUCAUGCAUGAUGCAUCCAUAAUCUCGGCCGACCAGGUUCGCGAAAUCAUCGAAGACCGAGGAUUCGACGCAACUGUCCUCAACACCGAUUUGCCCGCGUCGACACUGGAUGAUAUUGUCGAAGAAGAGUCGGAUCAAGAAACCUUGGGUCUCGGCAUCACAUCUGCCUCGUCCGGCCUAAUGACCACGACCGUCAGCGUAGGUGGCAUGACAUGCGGCGCAUGUACUUCUGCCGUUGAGGGCGCUUUCAAAAAUCUUGCUGGAAUCAAGAGCUUCAACAUUUCCCUGCUGUCCGAGAGAGCCGUCAUUGAGCACGACACCAAAUUAAUUAGCGCCGACACCAUUGCCGAGACCAUCGAAGACACUGGUUUUGAUGCAUCUAUCAUUGAAUCAAAGCCUUCAGAGCCCGUACGGACCAAGAUGCUACCUUCGGCCAGAAGGCAGAGCAGGAAGAAUGAUGUACUCUUCACAACUAUCGUCGCAAUCGAAGGAAUGACAUGUGGUGCUUGUACUUCUGCAGUAACAAGCGGCUUCAACGACGUCCCCGGUCUUUUGAAGUUCGACAUCAGUCUGCUAGCCGAGAGGGCUGUCGUUCUGCAUGAUCCGACGAAACUUUCUCCCGAGAAGAUUGUUGAAACCAUCGAAGAUUGUGGCUUCGAUGCCAAAAUCUUGACCUCGCGAGAAGAAGGAGCUUCUCGCUCCAGAAGAGCAAGUAGCACUGUUGAACUGAAGCUGUUUGGUCUCCAGAAUGCCGAAGCAGCUUCGGCUCUCGAGGCCACUCUCAAGAAGCGAAAGGGAAGCACAGCUGUCAAGAUUGAUUUCAAAACUGGCAGAGCUUCGGUUGCUUAUGACCCAACACAGACUGGACUUCGCGCCAUUGUCGAGUCAAUCGAGAAUGAAGGUCUCAAUGCCUUGACUGCCGAGAACGACGACAACAACGCCCAACUGGAAUCGCUCGCAAAGACAAAAGAGAUCCAGGAAUGGUCCAGGUCAUUAAAAGUAUCCCUUUUCUUCGCUAUCCCAGUCUUUCUGACCAGCAUGAUAUUUCCUAUGUUCAUUAAGCCUCUCGAUUUUGGAAGCAUCAAACUUCCCUUGAUACCUGGAUUGUGGCUUGGAGACGUCGUUUGUCUUAUUCUUACUAUACCUGUCCAAUUCGGUAUUGGUAAGCGAUUCUACAGAUCUGCCUACAAAUCUCUCAAGCACGGCUCACCGACCAUGGACGUGCUGGUUGUUUUGGGAACCUCUGCUGCAUUCUUCUUCAGCUGCGCCGCUAUGCUAGUCUCGAUUUUCACACCACCACAUUCGAGACCUGCUACGACAUUCGAUACCAGCACCAUGCUUAUCACCUUCAUUAUGCUCGGUCGUUUCCUCGAGAACAGAGCCAAAGGACAAACUUCAGCGGCUCUAUCUCGUCUUAUGAGCCUGGCGCCUUCUACUGCCCUUAUCUACACGGACCCAAUUGCAGCACAAAAGGCCGCUGAUGAAUGGGAUGGCGAUAACGAGAAGUCUGAAAAGAAUUCACCAAGUGGUGCACUUGAGGAGAAGACCGUUCCUACGGAACUACUCGAAGUAGGCGACGUGGUCAUUCUCAAGCCAGGCGAUAAAGUACCAGCUGAUGGUACUGUGAUUCGAGGCGAUAGUUUCGUCAACGAGAGUAUGGUCACUGGAGAAGCAAUGCCUAUUCUGAAAAACAAAGGAAAGAAUCUCAUGGCAGGUACUGUCAACGGUGCAGGAAGACUUGACUUUCAGGUCACCAGGGCCGGCCGUGAUACACAACUCAGCCAGAUCGUCAGACUUGUCCAAGAAGCCCAGACCAGCCGUGCUCCUAUCCAACGUAUGGCCGAUGUGGUCGCUGGUUACUUUGUUCCUAUUAUCAUCACACUUGGAUUGGCUACCUUCACAGCAUGGAUGAUCUUGAGCCACGUCCUGCAGACACCACCCACUAUCUUCACUAAGGAUACCAGUGGUGGGCCUUUGAUGGUCUGCGUCAAGCUUUGUAUCGCUGUCAUUGUUUUCGCCUGUCCAUGUGCGCUCGGUCUUGCGACCCCAACAGCUGUAAUGGUCGGUACUGGAGUCGGCGCCGAGCAAGGCAUUCUCAUCAAAGGCGGAGCUACUUUGGAAACAGCCACGAAGGUGACUCAUAUUGUUCUCGACAAGACUGGCACCUUGACCAUGGGCAAGAUGAGCGUAUCCCGAUCAGAUGUGCAAGGCGGCUGGACCGCCGACGCUGCGAAGCUUCGUCUCUGGUGGACAAUCAUCGGACUUGCUGAGAUGGGUAGUGAACAUCCCAUUGCGCGUGCAAUCACGAAUGCAGCAAAAACACAUCUCGGUCUUGGAUCAGACGGCACACUUGAUGGCAGUGUAGGUGAUUUUGUCUCUACUGUCGGCAAGGGUAUCUCAGCUUCUGUAGAAGCAGCCAUCUCGCCUGAACGCAAACGCUACAACGUCAUGAUUGGUAAUACCUCAUACUUGCGAUCCCACGGCGUAGCAGUCCCUGAAGACGCGGAUGACAGCAACGAUCUUGAAGCCAGCAGAGACGCGAAUGCGGCCUCGAAGCAGCAAUCGGCUGGUGUCACCACCAUCCACACUUCGAUUGAUGGGGUCUACACAGGCGCUCUGUCACUCUCCGACACACUCAAAUCUUCAGCACCUGCAGCAAUCUCUGCUCUUCAGCGCAUGGGCAUCACCUGCUCGAUCGUCACCGGUGACCAGGCAAGCACGGCCUACUACGUUGCCAGCCUUCUCAAUAUCCCCAAGCACAAUGUCCAUGCUGGUGUCCUUCCCAGUGGCAAGCGCGAGAUCGUAGAAGAGCUCCAGGCUCAAGGCAUCAUUGUGGCCAUGGUAGGCGAUGGUAUCAACGACUCCCCUGCCCUUGCAACCGCGAAUGUCGGUAUAUCGCUCGCGUCGGGAACAGAUGUCGCUAUCGAAGCUGCAGAUGUGGUGCUCAUGCGCCCUGAUCACCUUCUCGACAUACCCUCUUCUCUCGCCCUGUCUCGUGCCAUUUUCCGACGUAUCAAGUUGAACUUGAUCUGGGCUUGUUUGUACAAUGCAAUCGGCUUACCCAUUGCGAUGGGCUUCUUCUUACCUUGGGGUAUUUCUUUGCCUCCUAUGGCUGCUGGUGCAGCAAUGGCGUGUUCGAGUGUCACGGUUGUUGUAUCGAGUCUUUUGCUCAAACGAUGGAAGCCACCGAGGUUCAUCAGAAAUGCCGCUGCCAAAGAAGUUGGCGAGGCUGAGUUGUUUAUGGAUGUCGGCACUGCAGUUCAGAGCCGCAGUGUCAGUGAUUGGUUCCAUGGACUUGUUCGUAUGUUCAGAGGGAAACGAGGUGAUGGGAACUCUGACAGGGGUGCCUACGUGCCCUUGCAGAGGUUUGAAGAGGUGUAG